AUGGGUAACAAAGAGGAGCUGGAGGAGAGGCUGGAGAAGCUGCUGGUGAGGCUGAGGACACCCCAGGAGGACCGACAGUUGAGCACCCUCAUCCAGAUCCUCGAGGAUCUGCUGUUCCUGGUGCACACAGAGCACGCCGCGGAGCUCUUCGUAGACAAGAACAUCCACGGCCCUCUGACCGCAGUGCUGUCGUCCAACAUGAGCAGCAGAGGAGUCCAGCAGACUGGAUGGACAUUGUUGUGCCGGCUGAUAGAAGUACAUCCCAGUGUGCUGAACCAGGUGACUGGACCACUGCAGGCCACCAGGGACUGGGAGGAACUGGGAGUACACCAGCAGAUCUUGAAGGUACUGUCACAGUACAGCGCCGACUGCAGGGUGACAGUGGUAGGACUCCGGGCACUGGUGCUACUGCUGCAGUCAGACACCGUGGCUCUGCUGGUGCUGGAGGAGGAAGAGGACGUCUUUGUCCUGGUGGUCCAGGCCAUGAAGAUGUUUCCUACCACUGAAGAAGUGCAGCUCCAAGGCUGUGGAGUUCUGCAGGUCCUGCUGCAGAAAGUCAGUGAGGAUCAUCUCAUGGAGUUUGUGGAAAACCAGGACCAUGUCGUUGUUCUGGCAGCUCUUCAAGGGUUUCCUGGAAACCCCAGGCUGCUCCUGCAGGCCAUGAAGGUUCUGCUGCCCCUGACACGUCCUGUCAGUAACGUGGAGGUGUUGAUGUCGGGAGGCACUCGUUGCUACAGUUUGAUCAUCGCUGCCAUGGACGCCUUCCCUGAGACGGAGGAGCUGCAGGAGGCCGCCUGCUGUCUGUUCAGGGAGUUUACUUCAGAGAGUUACUUCAACAUCCUGGUGCUCAACGGCGUGCAGCGGGUCGCCGUGGGAGCCUGUCGGAGAUUUCCCAACAACGCCGUGCUUCAAGCCGCGGCUCUGUCCUGCCUGGCUGACCUCACUGCCACCAUUGUACAGACCAAAGCCGUGGCUGACCAGGCCCUGGAGGAGGGGGAGGCGGGGGAGGACAGGGGUGAGGCACAGGUGGAGGACAUGGGCCUGGGCUGGAUGGAGGCCUGCUGUUCAGCACUGGAACUGCACGCUGAAGAGCCAGCGGUCCAGGAAGCCGCCUGCUGGGCCAUCCACAGUCUGCUGCUGCACGGAGCUGCAGCGAGUCACUCCACAGACCAGCAGGACGACAGGACGCCUGUCCACAGGCAGCUGAUGACGGCCAUGUUGGUCCACUCGUCCUCUCCCAGAGUCUUCAAAGCUGCGACCACUGCUAUAGCAACACUGAUUACACACAACAGUAAGAUGCGUUUUCUGCUGCUCUCUAGUGGCCUCCACGUGAACCUCAUCGAGAUGAUGAAGAGACAUUUGACCUCAGUCGAUGUUUCCAUCAGUGCCUGCAAACUGCUCAGCCUGCUGUUUGAGGGCAGGACAGCCAGUCUGGAUGAGUUAAACAUGGCCAUGAGCCAGAUCCUCAGCACCAUGAAGGUCCACAACUUCCAGAUGGAUGUGCAGCUGGAGGCUCUGCAGGCCAGCCUGGUGUUCCUGUGCCCAGAUAGGAGUUUGAGGGAGCACGGCGUCUCGGUUGCAGAUCCUGACAUGGCCGAUGUUUCCCUGAGGGUCCUGAAAAACCAGUGUGUGGUGGAAGGAGCUCACACGCUGUACCUGGAGGUUCUCAACAGGUUCAUCAGCAGCUCCACUGUUCAAAAGUGUGGGCUGAAGGUGUUGUCGGCGCUGGCUGACUGCUCAGGUGCAGUGGACUUACUCUGCCAACAGGGGGCCAUAGACACGGUGCUGCACACACUGCAGAUGUUCCCACAAGAACGAGAGAUCCACUACUGGGGCCUGACCCUGCUCACCUACCUGGUUUCUAAGAAGAAGCUGUCCAGGAUGAUGGUUCCUGUUCUGGCCUCUGUCGUGGUCGCGUCUCUCCUUCAGUACAGACACGACACAGAGAUGAUCCUGAAGUGCUUCCAGGUGGCUCUGAGGAUGAUGGACGCCUGUUCAGGAUCGGCAGCUGAGUUACAGAGAGUAGACUUUGACAGACAGAUCUUCCAGCAGCUCAGAGAAGACAGUCCUGACCAAAGCAACGGCCCGCUGCGGAGGUCUGUGUGUCUGGCUCUGUCCAGGAUGUGGUGUGACUCAGACCUUCACUACACCAUGCUGGAGAAGGCCUGCGAGGACGGAGACACCAGUAUGGCCGAGUGUCUGAUCGAGCUGGGCGCCGACGUCAACAGUAAAACCAAGACAGAGUCUCUCAUCUACCAGGUGUGUGAGCGAGGAGGACCCAUCGAGCUGGUGGAGCUCCUCAUCAGUCGUGGAGCUCACAAGCAGCAGCUGCGCCGAGCGCUGGCCGUGAGCGUGAAGAGAGGAGACGUUCCUACGGUCAUACAGCUGCUGGGCUGCCUGGGUCUGGACCUCAACAACAGCACCCUCUGUUUGGGGGGCUUCAAACUGGGUUGCCUGGAUGCCGCCUGGCUUGGCCCCCUGCUGGCAGAAAAGGGAAGGACAAACAGUUUGCGUUGUAUCAACGGCAAAGGUCUUACUUUAGCCCGGUACAUCCACUCCCUCCAGAGGUCAAAGAGUGUCAGCGGUCCUGCCAGGUCCGUGGCCGACCCCCUUUUGACCUCUGGUUACAUUUCUGAUGAGAGUGACGACUCCUGCUUCAGUUUUGUCUCCACAGAUGACUGCUUGUUCUUCAACGAUGACCUGGAGAGCGAUGGCAGUGAUUCACUGUCGGGAGCCUUGUCUCCAAAGUUACACAACAGCUCCAUGGAGGAGCUCAAAGGAAGUCCCUUCAGCAGAAAGCCGAGGCGUCACAGACACGCUAGUGCAGAGAGUGGUCACAACGAUCACGACCACAGCGAGUCCAUGCCCAGGAGGUUCCUGAGAACUGGCUCCAUGCAGAAAUUGUUUGGAUCAGGGGAGAAUCCCUGUUCUUUGCUCAAAGAGAGGGAGCGGAUCCGACUGCUGGAUCUGUCGGGAAACGAGCUGGACACUCUGUCUUGUCUAAUGGACAACGGCUUGGUGCAGGACCGCCUGGGUCAUCUCCUUCGCCUGGACCUGAACCAGAAUAACCUUCUGGAGUUUCCCUCAGUGCUUUGUCAGAGUUUAAAUAAUUUGACCCGACUUGACCUUCAGGGCAACCAGCUCCAGUCUCUGCCCACAGAGCUGCUGUCUCUUCCUUUGAUCGCCACGCUGAACGUUUCUCGUAACUGCGUGGGCCCAGUCGUCACCUUUGACCCCGCUGUCACCUGUCGUUCACUGCGGCAGCUCAACUUGUCCUUCAACAAAAUCAUCACCUUUCCUUACGAGCUGGGCCGAGUGUUGGACCAGCUGGAGGAGCUGUCCAUCGAAGGUAACUGUAUCCGUGAACUGUCCACAUCACUGGAGCUGCCUGACCUCAAACUGCUGGAUGUCAGCAAGAACAGUGUGGAGAACGUUUCCCCCGACUUUCUGAACGGCUGCCCCAAACUGGAAAUCUUCAACGCUUCCAUGAACAAAAUCUGUUCUUUGUCACACCUGCCUCCCAAGGUCAUGACACUGAAGCUGGCGAGCAACAACUUCACCUAUGUUUCGGAGGCUGUGCUGGAUCUUCCAAAUUUGAGGUCAGUUGACAUGAGGACCAACCACAUUGCUGUUCUUCCCAGCCCAGAAUUCUGGGCUUCAAACAACCUCCGAGAGCUGAUCUUCAGCCAGAACUGCAUCUCUGACCUGGACCUGAGUGGAUCAGUACAUCGAUGGAUCAGACUGGAGAAACUCCACCUCAGUGACAACCAGCUCACUGAGAUUCCACCUCAGGUCGGUCUGUUGGAAGGUCUGACCUCCCUGGACGUGAGCAGAAACUCGAACCUGCGCUUCUUCCCUGAUGAGAUGGGGAAACUGAGCCGCCUGUGGGACCUGCCCCUGGACGGACUCCGCCUCCAGCUGGACUUGAAGCUCAUUGGAAACAAGACCAAAGACAUAAUUAGGUUUCUUCAGCAGCGGCUGAAAAAAGCCGUGCCGUACCACCGCAUGAAACUGAUUGUGGUCGGAAACUCUGGCAGCGGGAAAAGCAGCCUGAUCCAUGAGCUGAUGAAGCAGAAACGCUCUCAGGCGACCUCGAGGAGGAGUGGCGUGGGCGUAGAUGUGAGAGACUGGACCAUCAGGGACCGGGACAGAGAGAGGAUGGUGCUCAACGUCUGGGACUUCUCAGGUGGAGAGGAGUCCAGUGGUUCGUAUCUCCACUUCCUGUCUCCUCGAGCGCUCUACGUGGUGGUGUACGACCUGAGCAGAGGAGCCGCUCAGGUGGACGCCCUCAAACCCUGGCUCUUCAACAUCAAAGCAGUAGCUCCUCUCUCUCCGGUCAUUCUGGUUGGGACCCACAAAGACGUGAGUGACGAUCUGCAGCUGCAGGAGUGUCUGAACAAGAUCAGGAAAGACCUGCUCAACCACCAGGGUUUCCCCACCAUCGCUGACUACCACACGCUCUCCGUCUGCGAGGACUCAGACGCCAUGACCAGACUCCGCAAGGCCAUAACCGCAGAGGUCAUGGACUUCAAGAUCCAGGGUCAGCGGGUGAUGGGUCAGCUGGUUCCAGACAGUUACGUGGAGCUGGAGCGAAGGGUUCUGCAGGAGAGAACCAGGGUUCCUGCCGAGUUCCCUGUCAUCACACGGCAGCAGCUGCAGCAGCUCAUCAGCAGGAGUCGGCUGCAGCUGGACGAGGCCGAGCUUCCUCACGCCGUUCACUUCCUCAGUGAAGCUGGAGUUCUACUACAUUUCGACGAUCCUGCUCUUCAGCUUCAGGAACUUUACUUCAUUGACCCACAGUGGCUGUGCAACAUCAUCUCCCAGAAGUUGACCUUUAGGAGCUGCGGGGUCAUUCAUCGCUCGGCGGUGGAGAAGUUUCUGUCUGAAUCCAGAUGUUUCCCACAGAGUCACCUGGUCCACUUCUUCAAACUCUUGGAGAAGUUUCAGAUCGCGCUGCCGUUCGGAGAAGACCAGCUGCUGGUGCCCGGCGAUUUGUCCAAACACAGGCCGGUCAUCGAGCUGCCUCACAGUGAGAACUCAGAGGUCAUCGUGCGUCUCUACGAGAUGCCCUACUUCCCCAUGGAUUACUGGUCUCGACUGAUCAGCCGUCUGCUGGAAGUCUCCUCCUACCUGUUCUACGGCAGAGAAAAGGUUCUGCGACCCAACAGAAUCUACUGGAGGAGAGGGAUCUACCUGAGCUGGUCUCCUGAGGCCUACUGUCUGGUGGAGGCUUCGUCCGAGGAGGGAAACCCGUCCAGCUUCGUCAGGAUAACGGUUCCCUCCUCCAGGAAAGGGCGGGUGCUGCUGGGUCACGUGGUGGACCACGUGGACUCCCUGCUGGAGGAGUGGUCCCCGGGGCUCCUCAACAUGGACGUGCACGGCAGCGGAGAGGCCCUGCUGAAGAGGUGGGCUCUGUACAGUUUUGAAGACGGUCAGCCGUGGAGCAGAAUCCUGCUGGAGGAACUCUUCAUGUAUUUUGACAAUGAUUUCCUGCUGGUGGAUCCAGACGACCCGCGGUUAACGCUGCCCCUCUCCCAGAUCGCUCCUGACCUGGUUCUCAGUGAUCAGCCCGCGGGAACCAUUCUGGACAGUCAAGAACUGGACGUGGAUUUGUCCAAAGAAAACCAGCUGGGCGGCGGGGGCUUUGGGACCGUGUAUCGAGGCGUCUACAAAAAUGAGGAAGUGGCCGUGAAGAUAUUUAACAAACACGCCUCUGAACUCUACAUCUACAGACUCCUCAGACAGGAGCUGGUGGUGCUGGGUCGUCUGUGUCACCCCAGCCUGGUGGCUCUGCUGGCCACCGGUGCAGCCCCCCAGGUCCUGGUCAUGGAGCUGGCUCUCCACGGCUCCCUGGACUCUCUUUUGGGAACGCUGACCCGGAAACUCCAGCACAGGAUUGCGCUGCACGUGGCCGAUGGCCUCAGAUUCCUUCACUCCUCCAUGAUCAUCUAUCGGGACCUGAAGCCUCACAACGUUCUUCUGUUCAACCUGAAGACCGACUCUGAGGUCGUAGCCAAGAUCACAGACUACGGCAUCGCUCAGUACUGCUGCAGCAUGGGAGUGAGGAGCUCCGAGGGAACGCCAGGUUUCAGAGCACCAGAGGUCGCUAGAGGUAAUUUGAUCUACAACCAGCAGGCGGACGUCUUCUCGUUCGGCCUGCUCCUCUAUGACCUCUUGACCUGUGGUCAGCGAAUCUCUGAUGGCAUGAAGUUUCCUAGUGAGUUUGAUGAAGUAGCAGUGCAGGGGAAACUGCCAGAUCCAGUCCAACACUACAGUUGUCCUCCCUGGUUUGGUUUCCAGUCUCUGAUGAAGGACUGUCUGAACCCUGGACCUCAGGAUCGACCCACAUCUGCUCAGGUGUUUGAGCGACUGAACUCAGGGGACAUGCUGUGUCUGAUGAAGGAGCUGAUGGUUCCCUCUGGGUUCACGGCCGAGUGCAUCAGCGUCAGCUCCACCAGCAUCAGCAGAACCUGGCUGGGGGGGGGCAGCAGCAGCCACAGCGUCGGUUGUGUCACGGCCGUGGACCUGGAGAAUGAAACAGUCACGACGAUGGAGGUCGACUCCAGUCCGGUCCUGUGUCUCGUGACGGUCCAAAUUCCUCACGAGGCCUGUGAUUGGCUGGUGGCAGGCACUCAGUCCGGCUCAUUGGUGGUCAUCAACGCUGACGACGCUUCAACGUGGCACCACCUGCAGAGAGUCACAGACUCUGUCACCUCACUCUACUUUCACAUGUUCCCCUGUAGGAGCCAAAGAAAGAGUUACCUGUUGGUGGGAACAGCCAACGGAGUUCUGACUGUGUACGAAGACUCGGUUCUCAAGCAGGUCAACGGUCAGCCUGUCAAAACCAUCCAGGUGGGAACCGUCAACACUCCGCUCAUGGGUCUGGGUCAGUCGGCCCAUUCUCUGGACAGCAGGUCCGUGUGGGCCGGCUGUGGCUCCAAGGUUCUGUCGUUCGCCGCCAACUACGACGUCAGCAGGAGCCUGGACACCAGGCCCGGUCUGGUCCAGCAGGGGCAGCAGAGGGCAGUGAGCGAGGCCUGUGUGUCCAGGAUGGCUGUGGAUAAACAUGUGUAUCUGAGUAAAUCUGGUUCAUCCACUGUUGAGGUUUGGGACAAGAGGAGUGAGAGGAUGGUGGAGUGUAUCGACUGUGCUCAGAUCAUCAGGAACAGGACCAGCAGUGAAGGGGAUGAGCCCGCUGACGCAGCUCCGUCCUGGGCCUCAGUCAAGGCCCUGCUGGUUCAGACAGCUGCAGCGCUCUGGGUCGGCACUAGAGGGGGCCAUCUGCUACUGAUAGAACUGUCCAAACACCAGACCCUGCAGCUGCUGCGGCCUCACUGUGACUCCAUCCGCUGCAUCAGCUCCACUCUGAUUGAACCUCUCAACUGGAAGAACCUGGUGCUGGUUCUGGGCCGACGUCAUCCACAGGACAACCAUCCUCCAGACGAGGAGUCGGUGCUGAUGGUGUGGAAUGGCACCCUGCCGAAGGAGGUCAGAGAUCUGAGGAGACACAGUGAGAAGAGAGAGCAGGUCGCAGCCAGGUCGAGAGAGAAGCUUCAGCUCAGCUGAGACCAAAGGUGGAUCUUCAUUCACACAACAGUGACUUUAGAUGAGUGAGAAACAUGAGCCAUUCUAGCAUGUAUUUGGAGUUGAAACAAUAGUCGCCCAGGAGACGUUUCUACAGUAACAAACGUGUGUCUUUUUGACUCACUCUGUGUAUAAAUAUUUUUUAUUCAGAGAAACUCGAGGAAAAGGGAUCUUUCCGACAACAGACACAACAGACGACGAGCAGGGAGUCUGUUCUCACGGGUUAAUGAACAACAACUUUGUUUUUAUUUAAUUUGGUUUUUUAUGUUCUUUUUUAAUGGUGCAUUUACAUGAACCAGACAUUAGGGGGAGACAAUCAGUCCUUUUACAGAGGUUCUUAUGUUUAUUUAUUUUAUUGUUUUUACUGUUUUAUCGUUUAUUUAUGUCACUUCAACCGGCUCUGCUGACAUUGCUGCCUGUUUGGCAACCGUUGUUUCACUGUCAAGAACAAAUUAAAUAUUUGCAGUAGUGUCGUGA